AUGAGAUCGAGCGAGGUGAGAUGGAGGGCGCUGAGACUGAACGACGUGGGACAGAACGAGGUGGGAUGGAACGAGGUGGGACUGAACGAGGUGGGACUGAACGAGGUGGGACAGAACGAGGUGGGACGGAACGAGGUGGGACGGAACGAGGUGGGACGGAACGAGGUGGGACGAAGUGAGGUGGGGCGAAGCGAGCGUACUUCAAUGGGACAGUACACGCAUCAGGCUUCGAUGCGGCGUCGCGCCGCGAUGCUGCGUCUGCUGGGGAUGCGGCUGCUCACGCGGCUGCUGCUGCUCGUGUGCUCGCUCAGCCUGCUCAGCCUGCUCUUCCUCAGCCGCUGCGGCCUCAACCUCGAGACCGUGGUCAUCGACCCGGGCACCGGUACUAACUAG